AUGAUACAAACAGAGAAAAAAUGGGCAGAUAUUGAUGUAGAUGAUGAUGAAUCCAUAAAUGAUAAUGAAAUUAAAAAAAAAUGGGAAGAUAUAGAUGCGGAUGAUGAUUUAGAAGCAAAUAAAAAAUUAUCUUAUUUCACAAACUAUGAGAACGGAAUAAAAGUUGUUACAAAAUAUUCAGAAAAUUUAAAAAAACAGACUGUUAAAGUUACCAAAAAAAUUCAAGAAGUUGUAAUUAAAAAAAAAUUAAACAAAGAAAUAAAUAACAGACUUAACCUAAAAAAUUUUAACAUUGAUAUACAUAGCUCAGUUACUGUUGAACCCACAGAUGUAGUUAAUAUUGAAGUUCCUAAAAACAAUCCAUUAGAUUUUUUAAAAGAUACUGAAUACGAUUAUUUAUUUGCAGAACAAACAAAUAAAACAGCUAAGGAUCUUAAAAAUAGAUUUAAGAUAUUGAAAGAUGAAGAAACAGAGGAUGUUAAGGCUGAAGAUCCAAGCAAAGCCGCUGGAAGGAGAGAAGGAUUAUACUAUCGCCCACAUGAUACUCAAAAUAAAGAAUGCACUGUUCGUGUAACGAACUUAAGUGAAGACGUUAAUGAAAAUGAGUUAUCUAACUUAUUCGGAAAAGUGGGAAACAUCGUUCGUAUGUUCUUGGCCAAGCAUAAGGAAACUCAAAAUUCAAAAGGUUUUGCUUUUAUUACUUACUCCAAGAGGGAAGAAGCAAAAAGGGCUAUAGAAAAAUUGAAUCGUCACGGAUUUGAAAAUUUACUCUUAAGCGUGGAAUGGGCCAAGCCAUCAAACAGAUAA